AUGCCAGGUAUUUCAAAUGGUACCUACUUCAGUUCAAACAGUUCAUAAAUAUUUAUUUUGGCUAUCAGUGAAAUGUAUAAUAUUUUAUUAUAGCUUAUCUAAAAUAAUUUAAUCUGUUUAUUUCUAUUUAAAUUGUGUAUUAAAUCGAAUAAAUAUAUAAAUAAAUAAAUAAAUGAGUAUCCCGAAAAUUAUCGUAGAUCGAUUGCGACACAAGUGAACUACAUAAAUUUAUACUGCUUACGACAGUGUUAGUGAAAUCCGAAUAAUUAAAUUAAGUUUCGUAUCUGGCACUCUAGGAACAACAUUUCAGAUUCUUGCCCGUGCUUUUCAUUAAUAGUAUGUUGUUGAACAGUCGAACGAUAACCCCACGUAAUUAGUCUCUAGUAUCCGGUUAUUGCUAAAUGUGCGCGUAUGAGUUCAACCGAAUAUUGAUGUCCGUGUUAUAUUAAUAUUCUGAAUAUGCAAAUGUACAUUAAACAUAUGUGGUUUUCUGGUAUAAUAUUCGAGUACACUAUUUUGACCCGAGAUGUGAAUUACCUAUUAUUGUACUACAGGUCCUUACUUAGGAUAUAUAAUAUGUAUUAUCAGGAAGUGAGGCGAUGCCUGUAAUACAAGCAACCACGUUUAUGGAGGGGUUGCAGUGAUAAUAAAAGAAUCAAUCAAACAUCACGAACUUGAAAAACAUCCUAAAGAAUAUUUACAAGCAACAAGUGUCCGUGUAAAUGACGGAGGCAAUGGCCUUACUGUAUCUGUUAUAUAUUGUCUACCACGAUGUAAAGUAGAUGACAACAAGUUUACUGAAUUCUUCCGGACUCUGGGUAGUAGAUUCAUUACCAGAGGUGAUUAUAAUGCCAAACAUACUUUUUGGGGAUUGAAAUUGAUCACUACCAAAGGACGUGAUUUGUUUAAAUCUGCAAAUAAAAUUAAAGCAUAG